UUCACACAACCGAUGUGUGGCCACAGCUUUACACUGUGUUUUCAUCUGUCAAACGACACCUCGUCAAGUUCGGAGCAGUUCUUCAUCCAUUCGCAUUAGAAAUCGUUCAAAAUAUUUUGUACUCUUCGUAAGUGGGGUUUCAUGCGUACUGUUUGUCUAGAACGGAACGGAACGUUUGCUAGAGAACAACACCCAUCAGGGUCGUUUGCUUUUGUGCAGCAAUUGAAACAGUGAGUGAAAUGAGUACAGUAAAGUGGAGUCGAUCGUGUAGGCGGUAGCCAGAAAUUACCGAAUCUGCGUUACCGUAAGAAAAGGUGUAGGUGUAAAGAAAAACGGCGCGGGGCUAGCUGAAAUUGUGGUAUUUCCCGCCCCUCGCAUCGUGACACGUCGUGUCGCGUGCGUUCGUUGUGUGUGACCCUGGGAGAAGGAAGUGAAUUGGGGUUGUCCCAAUCGUAUCCACGAGAAUGGUUUCGCAAGUGGUGGGCCUUUAUGCCGAAGUUGUGGUGUGCGUGCUAAAAUAGGCAACAGCAGAAGGGCCAGGGACGGGCAGGCUGGCAGACAGGCCCGGGGUGGCAACAGUGCAACAGGUUGGGGAAAGUGAAAGAAAAUUAAAUCAGCUGAGUGUGUGCGCGCAGAUUAUCGCCCCGCCGCAGUGCGUAAAACUGGAACGCACCCGAUUAGUGCUACGACUUGCUAAGCUUAGCAUCGAAGGUGAAUUUAAAAUCGCAGCUAAUUCGGACCACUUUUCGCUCGAAAAACGGUGUGAAGGAAAUCAACGUAGGGAAAACCCCAAAAAGGAAGACACCCUUGCAUCCAACACAAACAACACAAGUAAUGCACACGCACUUUGCGCAACAGAGUGAGAAAGAAGAAAAAACAAAUAACAAGGAAAAUGUAGGGGUUGUUUGGUUGCGUGUGUGUGCGUGUAUUGCAGAAAGAUAGAGCGAGAGAAGAUGAUGCUUUUUACGCAGUGUUUCUAAGAAUAAAGUGUGUCCACAAGUAGUGUGUGAAUGUGCAAAAUCAACUCAAAACGCAAUUUUAGUGUUGCUUCAUGUAGCACAGCAAUUUUACGUGUUUUGUUAGCCUCGUAGUGUCCUCGUGUCAGCUGAUGUAAAUCCUGAUCGAAGUUGCAGUGCGUUUCUGUUUGUCGGUGUUGGUGAGGGUGUCUUGUCAAUAAGAAAAAGUGAAAAAGUUCUGGAAAGAUAAAGUCGCAAAGCUGUAUUACAUGUGCCGUGUGUGCGAGCAAAAGGUUUAGAGCCAAACACAUACACGCACACAAUAUACGCAUUUUAUCAGAGGAAAAUUGUGUGAAAGAGCGAUAGCUAAAGCCUCUUGAAACGUUCUGUUAUCCAGCUACAACCAUCACCACUACUACCCACAACGUUGUCAGCAAAUACAUCGAACAGAGUUUUCCUGUGCUAACCUGACAUCGGAACAUCAUUACAGUGUCAAAAAGGGCUUUUCAUCACCAGAGCGUCCGCGAACCGCGUGGUUGGCUGCAAAUUUCAAUAAACCUCAUGAGCCCAUCGAGGAUGGCAGAGUAUGGCGACUAAUCCUUUCAAGCAAACGCCAGCAAUACCCAGCACGACCCAAAGCAGCAACACACAGCACUAUUACGAUGAAGCACCAACACCGGUGCUUACCUCAAACACUUCCGGCGCGACAACUUCAACAAGUGGCAGCGGUACCAGCGCAGCCGACAGUACUAAUAUCCUGAAGCAACGGGCACCGUGUGCCUGCUCGAACAUCAGCAUUAUGCAGUUGUUUCACGAAAUGAAACAGAAGUAUCCAACCGUACCAGACACGGUUGUGUCGGAGCUCGUGACGCAGAAUUGUCACGAUCGGCCGGCGUGUAUCGGCAAGCUGGAGGAGGCGGUGCUCGGUACACCCGGCCAAACUACCUACCCGUCGCAAUCCAUUCACAGUGGCAGCCUGAAACGGCGCAGUGGUGAACGGAAGCCUGUCGGUAAUCGAUCGGAUGGAAGCAACAGCUAUAGUAGCAAUAGCAGUAGCAAUAGUAGCCGCGAGAGUAGCGUCGAUAGCAGUAGAUUGCAGGGUACUGCGUGCCCUAGCACACAACAGCAACAGCAGGCCGUUUCGACGGCCAGCAACAUUGGCUACAGUGAUAGUAGACUUAUAGGUGAGAGCCGAACGUGCGCAAACCGGCCUACCACAUUGGCCGUGCGUCCAGCGACUACCGGGAUGGGAUACUUCGGGGCAACACCGCCACCAGCACCUCCGAUGCGCCCGAAUCGGACCGCUCCACCAUGUCCACCGAGCAAUGGACCGUUAGCGACGUCCUCCAUCACGGCCACGACAAUGACGAGUGGUAGUGCUGAGUUCGGCGAAACGAUGAACGUGCAGGUGAAUGUUACCGUAUCGCCCAAAGCCGGUGGGCCACUGAUCGCUGGCCAACGGCACACAUCGACGAUCUCGCUUCAGCCGGAACCGCCAUAUACCCGCGAGCUGGCCCAAGUCAGCAGUACCUUUAGUGGUGGAAAUCAACUGGUUAUGGGAGUACCCCCCACUACAUCAGCUGGCACACCCGGUGGAUCUUCACGGACGGGAUCAUCUGGUGGGGUCGGAACCGGUACAAAUGGGAACGGUGUCCGUAGCUCUACCUCGGUUAAUCUAACCCUUCGACAACCGACUGACGGUGGACCACGCACACCGAUACACAUCCAUGCCAGUCCACUUAAGUAUACCGCCAAAAACUUUAACGCCCAGUCCGGCAUCCAGUCGAAGUUGGAGGUUACGUUUCGCGAUGGGUGCGGUACGUUCCGUGCGAUGCGUGCCCAGGUACCGGGUUAUGAACCUCAGCAGGAGUUGACAACCUCACAUUACCAGGAACGAGAACCAUGCGCUGUUGCUUUGCCAGAAGGUCACAGCGGGUGGUACCAGGCUCCUUCUGCUGCUAGCAGGUCUCCGUACGUGUAUUCAGGUUUCCCACCACCGUUGUCAUCUUCAUCGCCAUUGCCCCACCUGGCGGCCCAUCAGAUGGUGCCCAAUCGGGGGAUUAAUGGGCAACCGUUGUUUGCCGACGGUCAGCUAGAGAACGAUGGACUGACGAAGGAAAUACGCUACCAGAACUUCGUUGUCGCAGAGAUGGCCGUGUCGCAGCAGCUGGAGCAAAAGCAGCGCCUUAGCUUGGAGGUUGAACGGAAGCGGACACAGUUCGAAUCGAUCUGUCGUGAGAUCUUCGUUUUGCAGCAACCGUUGCGAUUUAUCGAUGCGGAACUGCUUGAUCGUGAGGUCCUUGUGCUGGCGGCUGAAGUAGAGCAAUUGCAGAAAGAGGUGGAUUCGUGCGACGACGAAGAAGCACGGGUGCAGGCUGCAGCUGCCGCAACAGCCAUUGGUUCAUCGAUAACGGAUGGGCUGAGUGCGCUGAGUGUUGAAGGUGGCUCACCAUUGAUGCUUCCGCCAAGCAUGGUAUCCGGAACUGGUGGAACCGUUGUGAAUCGUCCUCCACGACCACCCCGGCCACCUCCACCCAGGGCUCCGACCCAAUCACCUUCUCGUGGCAGUUCUGGAAGCAUUACUCCAAACACACCGCUCCUUGCUCCGUCUCUAGCUGGACUGGGUGGCACGUCGCCAGUACCGACACUAUCAUCAUCUUCGUCCUCGCCCUGCUCAACCUCAUCGUCGUUUGUGUCGAAUGGAGGUGGAGGUGUCGGUGAUCCGAUGGCUGCGAGUCGCCUGCAACCAUCCGCCACAGGGCCCAAUCAACCCUGGACCUGCAGUCUCUGUACAUUCCAAAACCACGAACUAAUGCCCGCGUGCGAAGUCUGCUCGCUGCCGAAAGCAUCCGGUAGUAGAACGGCGGCUACUGCUGCACCGACCAACAACAAUAGUGCGGCCUUCAUGGUCGCGGGCGAUAUGAACGAUGGUGGCGGAGUAGGACCCCAUGCUGCCGGUGCGUUGCUACGACGCCAGCAUCAUCUAUCGGUCGAUACUGGCGUCGCGGCAGCUGCUGCCGCUGCUGCUGCUGCGGCUGCCGUCGUCGGUGCGUCCGUUGCAGGCCCAUCAACAGCGCCACCGUAUCCGGGCAUUGCGGAUAUGCCUCCACCGUCGUUUGCUUCGUUGACGGGACACACCUCCACGGUGAUGCCGUUGCAAACCAUUUCCUCCCACGGUCAGCAACAACCGCUAGCGAAUCAGCAGCAGCCACAGCAGCAGCAACAAACGCAAUCCAUGCAGCAACAAACCCAGCAAUCCAAUCCGCCACCGUUGCAAAAUGCCCAGUAUCAGAAAUCAUCCAUCGAAUGCUAAAACUGCUCAACAGCCAUCGCCACUGACGAAUCACAGCCGUACUAACAAACAAAACAAGCAUUCAAUAGCGAGACAGCGUGCAGAACAAGUGGAGCUGGGACAUUGCUGCUCGUUCACCCUCCCUACAAGAGGAAACACGUAGCAUAAGAAAAGACCGCAGAAUAGUAGCCUUUUGCAUGCAUCGCCGAAUAGUGCGUGACAUUUUUCUUUGGCCACGGUAGGGUGUGUCUUUGUCAUGUGUGUUAUUGCGUGUGAAUUGCAUGAGUGUGUGUGUGUGUGUUUGUUUGCGUAGCUGCGUUUAACUGAUUUUUUAAUACCUUCCGCCCCGUAUGCAAAUGAAUGUUUGCAAAAUGGCCCGAAGGCACCUUUCUGUUAAUUAUUUCUUUGAUUAACUUCGUUCUUGAUUUUGUCUGUUUUCCUCACAUCGAUACUUUUGUAUCUUUCAUGUUCAAGUGUUCAAUAUUUCAAUCUACUUUGCAAUUUCUUCUGUUUUGAGACGUUCAACACUUCCGGUAGUGUUUGGUUUGCCAUUUUCCUUGGCUUUCCUUAACGUUAUUUGCAUUUGAUCGUUAAAGUCUGCGACCGGUUCCCGGCUUUUCACCACAUGCUUCAAAUUUAAGUCUGUAAGACUGUAUUUUAGUGCUUCUUAUAAUUUAAAUCUUUACUAAGAUGGCUAAUGCGCAAGCAUUAGUUGUUUUUGUGAUAAAUUAAAUAAUCGAUACCUGAACAGGCGAGAUAGUAUGGCUAGUUAUUCGUCGUAUUAUAAUAAAAUUAAAUUGUACAGGGUUAGGUGUGCAUUGUGCUGUUUCACAUACCUCACAAACAAGCCAGCUGCUUUUCAGGGAGCAACGAGUAGGAUAGUGUUUAGUUUAGUAGGUGAGUGAGUGAGUUAGAGAGAGAAAAUAAAAGAACAGUAGAAGAACCAUUAUAUAAAAAUAAAUAACUAUUUUACAUAGUUAUAUUACUACGCAAGCUACAGCAUAACUUUAUCAAUAACUUAUGUUAACUAUACCCACAGUUUAUCGUAUAAUAAUAAUCGAUCGUAUAACCAGAUCAGCCGACGUUGAUGGAGUUGUUACGUUGCCGGUAUGUCGUUGCGUGCCGUUGCGGUACUGAAACAUGGCUGUAUAUCAUCAAACGACGUAAAGGAGAAACACACCGACCGCGAUUCUUUAGCACGCAAAUGAUGAGCAUUUUUGUCGCAAAAGGUGCGUUAUCACGGCGCGUUACGAUUAAAAAUAGAUUAUCACCGCUUGGAUCAGCGGCCGGAGUCGCGUACAAGCGCACGUAUCUUACGAAUGGUAGCAAAACGAAAGCAUCGAAGGUGACAGGCGACGGUCUGUGACGCGUGAUUUGUGCGCUUCGCGCGUUUCAUUAAGCAUACCGAUCGUUUUUUGCCCAUACCCUACGCAAUGCGUUGUUCCGCCACAGACGCCGCUGCGUUGUUGUGUGCAUCGAAUGCAUUUGUAUCGUGCGGUGUCUGGCGCUUUGAUGCUGCUGUUGCUGCUGCACAUCAAAUGUGCAAAGUGUGAUACCGAUUUCUUACACCUUGUGCCGGCAUCGCCUUAGAAGUUUCGAACUUUUGUUUACCGGCCAAAUUGUGUGCCGUACUUGAAUGGCCGGUUUGUCAACGGUUUGAUGUUGGUUUGCUUUAGUGUCAUUUUUCUCUGCCAAAGGAAAACAUCCUGCAUCACCUAGGCCGUAGUCAGUGAUGUAUGAAGCGGUUAAAAUACAAUGAGAAAACAAGGGCAAUUGAUUUUGAUUUGCUUUGCAUGUUUACUUACCAGUUGUGAAAAAAGGUACAUAAAAACAGUUAAACAUAAACCAUUCCUAGAUAUUUGCUUUCGUUAGCUUGUAAGGACGCCACCUCUAUAAUUAUGUAUGACUAUAAUUUAUAUUGAGGUAAAAUAGAAAAGCAUUGCAUAAUUGCAAG